GUUUCAGUCUCCAAGUAGACACUAUUUGUUCCUCGAUUAUCUGGAGUACUUAAACACUGUGAAUACGGGCGUAGUGCACGACUCGGGGGCGCGAUGGGUAGAGAUCACUCCCUUCAUCAUUUACAGGCGCCGGAGACACAAAUGCGUAUAUGCAGCAGGGACAGCUGUAAAACACUCCUUCCACCACCGGAGAAACAUCCACUGAGACUAUGCGAACGAUGUCGCAUUAAUCAGCGUGCUCGGAACGUGCAAUACCGCGAGCGCAAAAGAUUGCGCGAGGGGUUGGGAUCAUCUCCCACGGUCGGAGCAGAGCCUCCGGCGAAAAAAGCUAUUCGGAAAAGAGGAAAUGCGCAACCGUCACGGUUGGGCCCAGAUGUCAAGAUGGCUCUACGUGUUGCUCCAACUUCGGCUGCCCAAGAAUUUCCCGCAAUGCAGGCACUGUGUGAUGCACUUCGCACAACUCAGAUUUCCAAAGGCCACUCCGGAGAGAUUUUUUCCUUUGAAGGAGCGUUUCGUACCUCUCUGGCAACAUCCGAGCAGACACUCGAAGAAUUCACUCGAAAGUGUGUCGAUGACGUCUCCCUUGCUACUGGGCACAGUUAUGUACGGUCUGGCGUAAGGACCGAAGCGUGGCUUGGCGCCACCGGCUUAAAGUCGUACUUCAGGUGCACUCGUGAACGGUCCGAUCAGCAAAAAGCGUGGCGAAAGAAGGAGAAAGCUCAAUUCAGACACAUUUGUGCGACGAGUCUCAUUGUUCUUUGUGCAGUUCAACAAAACGCACGAGAGUAUUUGGUCACAAUCCGCCUCUCAACCAAGCACGGAAGUUCCGAGAUAUCCGCCGCUCCGGAUACCAAAGAAACCGAGCCGGCUGAGGGUGUUCAGGGAACGGUGGUGCAUGGAGACUACCCCGAGGAAGAGGACGACGGCGCAGACUUUGGGGACACAGAGCUGUAUAGUUCGGAUGCGGAGGACGACGAACUCGUGGAGGAUAUGCUUGUUGACCCAGAAGAUCUCGGUUCAGUGAUUUCGAGCUUUUUCGAAUCGCAAGGGACCGAAGUAUAAUAUUCACAUGUACAUGAUAUCACCAGGAGAGUAGGAACCUUAACUGCUUGUCUCAAUCGUUUUAAGUCUGCUCGCUGUUUUAUUUGCUAUGUUCAUGUUAGAUACCACUGGUACUCAUCUGAAUACGUUUUUCC